AUGCCUACAAAAUCAUAUCCAGGCAGCUACACAGACAGUGGCGGCAGUAGCAGCAGCGGCUCCUCCAAGAGUUCAAGACCACGACGCUCGCUGGGUGGCGGCGAGGUUGCGCGGACGCGCCCCCGACUUCUAGACCGCCCAUGGAUGUCGCGGCUGAUGGUGGCCGCGCUGCUGGCUCUGCUGAUUUUCGGCAUCAUGGGCAUCGUUGUCAGCUGCGUUGUCCUGAGCGGGCUUGCGGGACUGCCAGAGUUGUGUCUGGCGCAGGCGCUCAUGUUCUCUGCGUGUUGCCUCUCGCCCAUCUACCUUGCCCUGCAUCUAGUCGCGGCGACGAGGAACCUACCUGUUGAUAGACAGAGGGCGCUACAGCACCCGCUGCAGUCGUGGGCAACGGUUGUGGCGCGUAUAGCGUUGGUGUUUUGGGUCCUCUCCAUCAUCGCGGUGCCGGCUUCGUUUGCCAAGGUAGACGAAAAGAAUGUCGAUUCGCGGCCGGGCCAAGUAGACAUUGUGAUUUGUAUCUUCGGACUUAUCUCAAUGGCCAUCGUCACGUUCGUCAUCGAAUACUCGGAAGCCCCUUUUACGCUGCCCCGAAUCACACCGGAGCAUGUAACCUGCCGUCUGAGCGCUGUGGGCUUCGACGAAGAGGCUUUUGUGAGCGUUUCGCGGCACUGCUCGGCCGAGGUGUCCGAGAAGCCCAAGACGGUAAGGGAGGCCGACUACUCCCAGCACCCGACGGCGCAAGAACGGAUACAAAAGGCCGCCUUUGAGAGGCAGAAAAAACAUGCGAAACCGGCUCCAACAGGGGAACAAAUGAGCAGAACUGUUUUCUCACCUCUAGGGCCGAGACCAAUACCAAUUACAAUACCCGAGGGUAAAGAACCACAACCUUUGAUACCAGGGGCCACAAACCCACCGAUCAGAAAGCCGGUUCCACAGGUCAUCUUGCCGCAAGAGCCAAUGCCCGCUCACGUCGGUGUCCAAGCACAGGGGUGGAAGACGCAGUGGAGCGAGCUCAAGAGCGAAGCCGGCAUUACGUCCGAGGGCAGCACGCCUACAAUCACUCCGGCCACGAGCGUGUCUAACAGGCCGUACUCGCACGCGAGGCGACCUCCAUCGAGGGAUGUCCUGCGGCGGCACCAGAACGAUAGAAUAUCGCUGCGAGUGCCGGCACCUAUGCCGAGGAGCCAGCCGGUCAGGGACUCUAGGUACGCCGGUCAACAGGGGAGGCCGCUGUAUCCGCCGUUGCCGCCGUCAACGUCCCCGGCGAUGCCGACCCGCACCCAUCAAAGUGCCACGUCGCCCGACGUGCGCAGAAUGCCGGCGCCGACAAUGGCAGCACGGAUGAACCACGGGCCUAGGAUGAUGCCGACUGGUGUGGUCCCGACCGGAUAUGAUGGGCAGGAGGCGUUUGAGCAGGCGCCUAGACGGCUGAAGGGUAAGGAUUUUGGCAAUGGGAGAGAGAGGUUGGAUGAUGGUAUGGUUUCGCAUAACACGUGCCGUGCUCGAAAAGUCCGGUGCGACGGCCGCCGUGAUGUCUGUACCAAUUGUGAACGUCUCGGCUUCGGCUGCACCUACCAUGAUGCUGGCCCCGGCUCUGGAUCUACAGAGGGCGAGACGGCCAUGUCGUCGGCCUUGGCUCUAGCCUUGCCUCGUCGUCGUGUUCGAUUGGCUUGUGCCAAUUGCCACUCCCGCAAGGCCCGGUGCAGCGGAUCACUCCCCAAGUGCGACCGAUGCAGGGCGAGGGGCAUUGAAUGUGUUUAUCAACCGGGGAAACGAGCACGGCCGUCUUCAGUCAUCGUCGGCGAGUCUACGGGGCCCACGACCUCGACCACUCCAGAUAGGCCUGAUAGCGGCAAUGGGCCGAGUCGGGACGAUCGCGUCUCUGUCCACAGCCGAAGCCAUUCAUCAGAUCGCGACGUGACCAGCGUGACCAGUCCCAGUAACUUUGGUCAGGCUGCAGCAACGGAGGACGAGGAUGCAGUACUCGAGUCGAUCGCACCACGCGCUUUUGAACAAUUCUUCCGCCACAUUCAUCACAUACCCGUAUUUUCCUUUCUCCAUCGCGCCUCUCUCAUGCAACGAUAUCACGCUGGGCUUAUAGAUCGAGGCUUACUGCUCGCGCUCAUCGGCAUCACUUCACUGUUGACUGAUCUGGGGACCGGCACGCGCGACUUUGGUGCCAGGUGUAUCGACGAGGCCGAGACUGCCGUCCUUGCAGAGUUGGAGAAGCCAUCGACACUCAAGCUACAGACGCUGGUGCUCAUCAUCAAACACCGGAUGUUGAUGCGCAGGUUCCCGUCGGCGUUCAUGCUGCAUGCCGUUGCCUCGAGAUUCGCAGUUGCUCUCCGGCUCAACCACGAGAACCCGCGCCUUUGCUUCCUCGCCCAGGAGUCUCGCCGACGGCUGAUGUGGGCCGUGUACAUGAUCGAUACGGGCAUCGCUGCUGGACAUCCAGAUUUUGGCCUUUGGGAGAACAAGGCGCCCUCAAACAUCCGAAUCCAGCUCCCUUGCAACGAACGCAAUUUUGAUUUUGAUCUUCCCGAGGUCACUGAACCCCUGGAACAGCCAGCUCCCGGUCCCGACGGUGUCAUUCCACCCAUGACCGACGACAUUGGCUUUCUCGCUCUGCAUAUACGCGUCUGUCUGCUGCGGAGCCGCAUAUUACAAUACACCAAGAACAUGAUACAUGGGAGCCCCACGCCGGAACAAAUAGCAAAUCUUCCAGCACGGUUCGCCGAGCUCGAAUCGCAACUUGGCGCCUUUGCGGCCCGACUGCCCGUCUCGUUCCAUUGGUCCGAGGCCAACGUGCGGUUGCGAGCCUACUCCCCACGGCUUUGCGUCUUUGUCAUGACGCAUCUAUGGUGGGAACAGUGUCACAUUGACCUGUAUCGCGUAGCCGCGCACUCUGGAGUGUCGCGCGACGCUCUGCCGCAGUCUAUAAUGGCACGGAUCGAGGCCAGCCAUCCUGGGUUUGCUGGCAUCUGUCGCCGCCAGAUUUUUGAACACGCCAGGGCAAUGGCGGACAUGUUUAGUCUCAUGUUGACGCUGGACGGUGUUCCCGUCACGGAUAUGGACCUUCCCGUCUGCUUGUAUCAGUGCGCGCGGAUGCUGUACCUGAGUCUGCACACGAGCGGCGUCGAGUUUGGAAUCACCACCGAGAGCGUACAAGAGAUGGCAAACGUAUGUCUUCGGGUGCUGAAGCAAACCAUUACGGCACCAGCGGCCAUGGGAAUCCGUGCAGAUCUCGAGAGGCUGCUGGCGACCGGCAUUCCCAGCGAUUUGGCCCCUAGCAUCCCCGACUCGCCUGAGAUCCCCAUCGGAGGCCAAGCCCGAAACCCCGUCCCGCCUCUCCUCCCCCAUAAUAUACUAUCGAAUAACAAUACCAACCAGAUAGGCAUGAACGCGGUGCAAUAUCAGUCACCGAUUGCAGCGUCUCUAACGAACGGUGUGCCGACUCCAUUCCCACAAACUACCGUUGCGCCGACACCUUUUCAGGCGGCCGCCAGCACGCAACCGCCGACACCGGCCCAGUUGGACCCGCCGACGGCGACAGCGACAGCCGAUGAGGCGCCCAAAUCGCCAUCUGCCGCGUCUCUACAUCCAAGCAACGCCUUUGAUGGGCCUUUUGAUGGGUUGGACUUUAAUAUGGAUCAGUUUGGCAUGGAUUCACAGUCGUGGUACUCGACCGAAUGGCUGGGGGGCGACUUCUCUACUGGGACCGAAAGUGGACAGCCCGCCACUUGA